AUGCCUGAGAAAUUGCUUGAUUUUGAACCAGAAAAUAUGAUUGCAAAAUUUUACUCAUCAUGCUACGGUUUUCGUAUUGAAACAUCUAAGGAAUUGCUUCAGGAUUCUUCAAAAGCUAAUACUUCAUCUGUUAAGCACAUAACGUUCAAUUUAACCAAAAUGUAUGACAAAUUUAAGAUUUUUGAAUGUUCUGACGACAUGAUUGAAAAUUUGGUACCCGAAUCAUAUUGCCCGUGGACUUAUAGUGCAGCACAAACGGUGGAAGUCGUGACAGGAAAUGAUUCGAUUGAAGUCGAUUGGUGGUUUCAACGUGUUUUUAAAGACUCUGGUUUAACUAUGAAUGAUCAUUUAUACUUCAAACCAAUGUCUUUCGUCUACAAACUUUCGUUUCCACCAAAUACAACCAUUGGUAAUAUUCUCAAGUAUUUUUGUGAUUUCUCUAGUAUUGCUUCACGGGAUUUUUUAAAAAAUAUGCUUCAUUUUGUGCAAGAUGAUUGUGAAAAACAAGUAUUGAAACAACUUUUGAAUGAUGAUGAUUAUGUAUCUUUUAUAUUUCAACCCAUGUUAAAUUUACGCGAAGUCUUAACUUUAUUUGGAACCUCAGCACGUUUUACUACAACGCAUGAUCUUAACGAUAUACUAAAAUUUCUUAGUAUUAUACCACGUAAACGACCCAGACCCUACUCAAUAUCAUCAGCUUAUGCACUUGAUCAACCCAGUUUAUCAUUAACAGUAGCGCAAUUCGUAUCAAAGACUACCGAUAAGAGAAUAAAAAAGCUUCCUAGUCUACUAGAACUUCAAAAUGAAAUUGAAAAAAAAUCCGGUUUUGUUUGUCGUACCAAAACAACACCUCAAUCGUUGAAUGUUUCUCAACACAGUGAAACGCGGUAUUUCUACGGAGAUGUAUCUUCUAAAUUAUGUUCCACUAAUAUAUUAAACAAUGAACAUGUGUUAAUGUCUCUUAUUUUAACGAAUCCUUUAAAGAAAAUGAGUUUAAAAUUUCCUAUACUUUUGAUUGCGUGCGGAACGGGUAUAGCACCAUGCCGUAGUAUUUGGAGAGAAAUUCAUUCUUUAUACAAAACUGAUUCAAGCCAUUUUGGAGAACACAGCAAGGUUGUUUUACUUUAUGGAUGUACUCAUCCUGAUGUCGAUCUAUUAUACAAGGAAGAAAUUCAAGACUACUGGCAAACCUCUGACGCGUGUGCUUCAAAUAGAAAUAAACAUCUUUUUUCUCAUGCUUUCUUCGCCUUUUCAAGAUAUGAUAAAAAAUGUUAUGUACAGGAUUUAAUUAUAGGCGACGCGGCUUGUGUGAUCAAAAGCAUGUCAACAUUUAAACAGUUUUUUAUUUACGUAUGCGGAUCCAAUGCAAUGGGAAAAGGGGUUAACGAAUCUCUUACGCAUGUUUUAUCGAAAAAAAACAUACGACGUAUGAAAAAAAAAAAACAGUAUAUUGAAGAUUUAUGGGGUUAG